AUGGAAGCCAAAGGUUUUUACCACGAACGCGCUUCCAGAGUCGUCAAGACUCUCUUCCCACGGAACGAAAACUCACCUCAAGCCGAGGUGAAACAACGGGCAGCGGUUUCCAUGUCGCUGGUGCGUGACAAUAAGGACCGCUGGAUGGCAGACAUUGAACAGCGUCUAGCCGUGAGGACAGCGGAGCUUACUGCGGAACGAGCUCGAGUAGCCACCCCCCACCCCCCCCCUUCGCCUCCGCACCCCCCUUCACCCCCUCCCCCAUUCCCCCCGCGACCCCCCCCCAUCCGCUGUCCCUCCUUUUCACCCCGGUAA